GGUGAGGAACGGUGGGUGGAGUGUUUCCGUUCCGACUCUGAUGACUACUACUAAUUACGCACCACCAAUAUAUUAAAACUAUUCCAUUUUAGCAUUUCCAACCCGGAGAUCUGAAUCUCUCCUCUUCCAGUUCCAGGCCAAGCAAUUGGAAAUGGAGAAGAUUGCGCCGUGGCUGCUGGCGGUGGCUCUUCUCGCCCUUUCCGCUGUCACCCACGUCAGAUCCACUCCCUCUGACCACCGAUAUAAAGCCAGAGAUGAAGUUCCUCUCUACGCCAAUAAAGUUGGGCCCUUCCAUAAUCCCAGUGAGACAUAUCGCUAUUUUGAUUUCCCAUUCUGCUCCUCAGGUCCAGUGAAAGAGAAAAAGGAAGCUCUUGGUGAGUUGUUGAAUGGAGAUAGAUUAGUCAGUGCUCCCUACAAACUUGACUUCUUGACCGACAAAAACUCUGAAAUUGCUUGCAAAAAGAGGCUGACAAAGGAAGAAGUUGCUAAGUUCAGAGAUGCAGUUUCAAAGGACUAUUACUUUCAAAUGUAUUAUGAUGACCUGCCCAUAUGGGGUUUCUUAGGAAAAGUUGACAAGGAAGGCAGAGCUGAUCCUAACGAGUACAAAUACUACCUCUUUAAGCACCUCAUAUUUGAGAUAUCAUACAAUAAGGAUCGUGUUAUUGAAAUUAGUGCACGAUCUGAUCCAACUGCUGUUGUAGACCUAACACAUGAUGAAGAAGUUGAUGUGGACUUCAUGUACACUGUUAAAUGGAAGGAAACAGAUACUUCCUUUGAUAACAGAAUGAAGAAGUACUCACAGUCUUCUUCACUACCACAUCACUUGGAAAUACAUUGGUUCUCUAUAAUAAAUUCAUGUGUGACUGUUCUUCUCUUGACUGGUUUCCUUGCCACCAUUCUCAUGCGGGUCUUAAAAAAUGAUUUUGUUAAGUAUGCACAUGAUGAGGAAUCAGCAGAUGACCAGGAGGAGACAGGGUGGAAGUACAUUCAUGGUGAUGUAUUCAGGUAUCCGAAGCAUAAAGCUUUGUUCUCAGCAGCACUUGGUUCUGGCACCCAGCUAUUUACACUUGCAAUUUUCAUUUUCAUCCUUGCUUUGGUUGGUGUUUUUUAUCCUUACAACCGGGGAGCUCUAUUCACUGCACUGGUUGUCAUAUAUGCACUUACUUCUGGCAUUGCUGGCUAUAUCGCUGCCUCUUACUAUUGUCAGCUGGAAGGAACAAACUGGGUGAGAAACUUAUUGUUGACUGGGAGUCUGUUCUGCGGACCUCUUUUUCUCACAUUCUGCUUUCUAAAUACCGUUGCAAUUGCUUACAAUGCCACUGCAGCCUUGCCAUUUGGAACAAUUAUGGUGAUUUUCCUUAUAUGGGCACUUGUAACAUCUCCUUUGUUAGUACUGGGUGGAAUUGCAGGGAAGAAUAGUAAGGCUGAGUUUCAGGCUCCUUGUCGCACCGCUAAGUAUCCUAGAGAGAUCCCACCAUUGCCUUGGUACAGGAAAACACUUCCUCAGAUGGCCAUGGCAGGGUUUCUGCCAUUUAGUGCCAUCUAUAUUGAACUGUACUACAUAUUUGCUAGUGUCUGGGGUCACAGGAUCUACACCAUAUACAGCAUCCUGUUUAUAGUGUUCAUCAUUCUCUUGAUUGUCACGGCUUUUAUCACAGUGGCUUUAACUUAUUUUCAACUGGCUGCUGAAGACCAUGAGUGGUGGUGGAGGUCCUUCCUAUGUGGUGGAUCAACUGGGUUGUUCAUCUAUGCCUACUGCCUGUAUUAUUACUAUGCACGAUCAGAUAUGUCCGGUUUUAUGCAAACUUCAUUUUUCUUUGGCUACAUGGCUUGCAUUUGCUAUGGUUUCUUCCUAAUGCUUGGAACAGUUGGUUUCCGUGCUGCUUUGUUCUUUGUCCGUCACAUUUAUCGCUCAAUCAAGUGCGAGUAGGGAGUUGAUCAUUUCCGACUGUUUUUGACAGAUCAAGAAGAGUAUAUUGCAAUGCUGGGAUACUCAUCUAUGCAUUUAGGAUGACCAGAUGCCUGGUGGCCUCAGCAGGGGACACUUAAAAGCUGGAAACUGCUAGGUUCUAGAUUUUAUUAUGUGUUAUAUUUUUGCUGAUUUGAUUAUGUUAGAGAGAAGUUGAAGGCAUCCAAAAAAUGUUUUGCUGUUAUAUUUACUUUGGAUGCUCCUUUUUAACUUUCAUUUUUUAUUAAUAAUAUCUUCGAAAUUCC